AUGAGUGACUCAAUAGACUAAUUGGAAAACUUUCAUGGUCCCAAUUUGAUGAUGGUUUCUCAAAGAAUUUUACUUGGAGACGGGGAUAUUUGCUAAAAAUCUCCAGACAGUAACUCAUUUACUGUUCGAGACCAAUCAAAAGUUUAAGACUAAAGCAAAGACCUAAUGGAUGUUGUCCCAAUGGAUAUGCAUAAAUCAUAUAAAGGAUUGAAACGUUCAGAAUAUUAGUCCGCCUAUGCUAUUGACGAAGAAUUAGAAACUGGAGGUAAGCCAUAAUUUUUAAAACUUAUUAUCUCUAAAAGUCUACAAAAUAACUUCAUAAAUAAUUUAUGGAACAGAAGCUAUUUAAGGAAAUUGCAUCAGCUAACUCCUUUUUAAAUUUAAGCACUUGAUGAUUUAUAAUUUGAAAAUGAAGUUUAUUCGGAAGAAGAUUGUACCAAGAAGCAAAUAAACAUUUGUGAAAUUAUUAGAAAGUUCUUCCUUUAAUUAGAAGUCUUCACCCCAUAUAGUAAAUUAAUUUUUAUUUGGGAUUUGUUUUAAAUUUUCACAUAUGUUUUGAUAUUUUUUUGGCUGCCAUACAAGAUUUCAUUUUAAUUAGAAAACAUUGGAUAACUCCUAAACCAAAAAUCACAAAACCAAAUGAUUGAGAUCAUCCUUUUGACAAUUCUAAGUUUCGAUGUUGUGGUUGGAUUGAAUUUAGCAUUCAUUUAUAAAGGAAUAAUAAUCAAAGAUAGAAAGAGAAUCAUAGUUAAUUAUUUUAAGCAAUAUGCAUUUGUAGACCUUGUCUCAAUAAGCACAGUUACAAUUCAAUUCUUUAUUUUAAAUGACAGUUAAUAAGAUCGUGAUAUUGACAAUAACCUGACCCUUCAGAUCAUAUUUUGUUCCACAUUUUAUGUCUUGAGAAUGACAAAAAUUAAUAAAAUACUAGCGUAAAUUCAAGAAUUUUUCAAUUUAAAUGGAUCCUUAAAUGAUUUAGUUGGAUUACUAAAACUCACAAUGAUCAUAUUAUUUAUUGCUCAUAUUUGUGCAUGUGUAUGGCAUGGAGUAGCCUUUUACAAUGAUUCAUAUUCUUGGGAUUCAGGGAAUGGAUCGAAAUAUAAUACAGCUAUAUAUUGGGCUACAAUGACAAUGACAACAGUGGGAUAUGGAGAUAUAACUGCAAAGAAUGAUGCUGAAUUAUUGAUUAAUAAUCUGACAAUGUUUAUAGCCUCAAUUGUUUUUGCCUAUUCAGUAAAUAGUAUAGGAAUAUUUGUGUCAAACAUGUAUAAAGGAACUAUGGAAUACAGUAGAAGUGUUACUCUAAUCAAUACUUUUAUGUCUAAAAAUAGUAUUCAAUUUGAACUUCAGACUAGAAUAAGGAGUUACUUGGAAUAUAUUUGGUAGGAGGAAUAAAACAUGAAUGACGAUGAGGUUUCUUAAAUCAUUUGUAAAUUAAGCAGUCAUUUAUAAGAUGAACUCUAAUUUUAAUUAAGAGGAAAUAUACUCAGAAAUUGUAAAGUGAUGGUCAAGAUAUUUUCUGAAAAAAUGAUCAAGUGUUUAUUAGGAUAAAUGGAAGAACAGAGUUUUUCACCUGAAGAGAGGAUUAUUACUAUUAAUUAAAUUGAUGAUAGUUGUUUAUAUAUAAUUACAAAAGGAGAAAUCGAAUUGAUAUUUGAAGGCAUGAACAACCUAAAUGAAAGAGUCAAAAGAAACAGUUUGAAAUAUCUUUCUUAAGGUGAUUUCUUUGGUGAACUUUCAUUUUUUACAGGAGAACCUAGAAAAUGCACUGCCAUUUCAAGAGGGUUCACAAAAGUAUUUAAAAUAAAAAGAGAAAACUUCUUGAAGAUAUUAUCCUCAUUUCCUAAUGAUUAUGAAAAGUUUUGUGAAGUGAAACAUUAAUUAAAAUAAGGAGAUUUUAAUUCUUUGUAGAUUUAAUGCUACAGUUGUUAAAGUACUUCUCAUUUAAUUGAUUCUUGCAAUUACCUCCAUUUUUGUGCAGAUAAAGAAGCAAUAUUAAAGAAAGAACUUUAUCCUUAUAGUCAAUCUCGUUCUGGAAUAAUUGUUCGAGGUGCAAAACCUUAUAGACAUAAAUGGAGUCAACUGAAAUAUUUAGUUUAGAGAGCUAAAGACUUUUAAAAUGAUUUUUAUUAAUAGCCAACUGAUUUUGAAAAUGAGGAGAAUGAAUAGCCUUCACAAAUUGCUAAUGACAAUUACACUUAUGAAGACGAAUCAAAAGUUGAAAUUGAUGUACCUUCAACACUGAAUCAAAGGAGUAAUUCUAGAACAUUGAGUAGAGUUAGUCAAAAGCCUAAUCAGGUAGGUAAUGAGGAAGAUGAUGAAUCAAAAUUAUACACAAGAAAGGUAGUCAAUCCAAGAGGGACAGUGUAGACAGCAGGAUUUGGAAGUGCUAGUUUAAGGGAAAGCAAAAAGUUUGAAUUAACUAAAGAUUAUGAAAUAGAAUAACCAAUUUCCGAAGAAUCAUCAUCAGAAGAGAAAGAUCAAAUUAUAGUACCAUCAGUUUAAAAAACCUCAGAUAGGUCUCAAAAAUAGAAAAUCACUUUUAUCAGAAAAGAAUCAUCUGAAGAAAUACCUAGACAAGCUUCUCUUCUAUCUAGAACACUUACUCAGAAUAGAUUAUAAUAAGACAUUUUGAGAAGGACUGCUACUCCAGAUAAGUUGGCUUCUGAAAUUGAAAUAUAAACUAAUAACAAUACUAAUAUGAAAAGAUAAGCUGGGAAGAAACACUCAACAACUAAAACAUACACAAAAUAAAUUCAAGAACCUACAGAGGGUAAUCAGAACAUGACUUCUGCCAUAGAUAAUCAAACUUACUUACCAACUAUACCUUAAAUAUUUUCUCAAUUUGAUAAGAUGUAGAUGUUUACUCAUUUUUUUCCAUUUAGCAAUUAUGAUAUUGUAAUCAAAAGAUAUGCAAGAAUACAAAAGUUCUUUGGUAAAAAAAGAUAAUAUCCUGAAUCAUCAAAAUACUCAUUUUAUUUUAUGACAAUUAAGAAAGGGUGGAAAUUAAAAAGGUUAGGAGAAAAAUUACAAGGUUUUAAGUUAAUAGACACUAUAAAAAAACCUUUUGGGAAAACAAUUUAAGGUACCAAAAUUAUUAAAACCAAAAAUAUUAUGCAAACCAUAGGAAAUUUAGGAUAAGCAACUCCAUAACUGGAAGAAGGGUAAGAAAGGUUAGAUGGCCUCCUAUGA